AAAAAAAAAAAAAAUCCAAGGGACAAAAUACACACACAAACUGCCACUAUAUUGCCCCAAAAGUAUUGGGACACCCCUCCAAAUCAUUGGAUUCAGGUGUUCCAAUCACCUCCAUGGCCACAGGUGUUAAAAUUCAAGCCCCUAGGCAUGCAGACUGCUUCUACAAACAAUUGUGAAGGAAUGGGUCGCUCUCAGGAGCUCAGAAAAUUCAAAUGUGGUACCGUGAUAGGUUGCCACCUGUGCAAUAAGUCCAUCUGUGAAAUUUCCUUGUUACUAAAUUCUCCACGGUCAACUGUUAGUAGUAUUAUAACAAAGUGGAAGCAACUGGGAACAGCAACUCUGCCAAGAAGUGGUAGGCACGUAAAAUGACAGCGGGGUCAG